GGCCCCUUUUGUUUGGCGGGGCUGACGAGCGUCUGCUGUUUCCUCUCGGAGGCAGUGAUGGAGGCGCAGGGCCCGGGGCUGCAGUGCGAAUACUUCCACGAUUGGUCCAGCAGCUCCGGCCCGCCGCCUCUCCAGCCGGCCCAGGCCCAGGCCCCGACAGGGCCCGAUCCCUUCAGCGUGGAGGAGGCCGCCGCCGCAGCAGCAGCAGCAGCAGCAGCAGCAGCAACCCCGCCGCCGCCGCCGCCGGAGGCCGGACAGGCAGCUACAAAACGUAAAAGAGGAAGACCUCCAGGAUCACAGAAAAAUAAGUCUGAGGGAACAAGCACCAAACGAGGCAAAACAGAUGGGAAAUCAGGGGGGAAGCAGGAAAAAAUCACCAAUGCUUUUAAAGUUACGAAAAGAAAAAUUGAUCGAUUCAAUGGAACAACUGAAGCUGAACUUUUAACAAAAACCUUACCGGAUAUAUUGACCUACGGUUUAGACAUUGUGAUUAUUGGAAUUAACCCAGGGCUGAUGGCAGCAUACAAAGGACAUCAUUACCCGGGACCAGGAAAUCAUUUUUGGAAGUGCUUGUUUUUGUCCGGUCUUAUCGAUAAGCCUUUAAACCAUGUGGAUGAUGCUUCUUUACCAGAGAAAUAUGGAAUAGGUUUCACAAACAUGGUGGAGAGGACUACUCCAGGGAGCAAGGACCUCAAAAGUAAAGAGAUUCGCGAAGGAGGGAAAAUACUUCUGCAAAAACUGCAGAAAUUUAAGCCACGGAUUGCUGUUUUUAAUGGAAAAUGCAUCUAUGAAAUUUUUAGCAAAGAAGUAUUUGGAGUUAAGGUCAAGAAAUUGGAGUUUGGGCAGCAGCCACACAAAAUCCCUGAGGGAGAAACAGUGGUCUAUGUCAUGCCUUCUUCCAGUGCAAGAUGUGCACAGUUUCCUCGGGCCCAGGACAAGGUCCAUUAUUAUAUCAAGCUAAAGGAACUGCGGAAUCAUUUGAAGGGCAUUAGAACUGCUACAGAGGUCACUGAAGUAGAAUACUCAUUUGACUUGCAGAAAGCUCAAGCGGAAGCCAAGAAAAUGGCAAUUAAAGAGGAAAAAUAUGACCCUGGUUAUGAAGCAGCUUAUGGUGGUUCAUAUAUGGAAAAAUCCACAGAAAGCAAUGGGCAGUGCAACUUUGCCAUGACUGAACCAGCAGCAGCCAGCAAUUCCGAGUUCAACAUGGACUCAACGUUUUGUCAAGUUCCUGAUGGUCAGUGGAUGACCCAGUCAUUUGCCGAUCAGAUUCCUUCAAUCAACAAUUACUGCACACAGCCUCAAGAAGAAAAUAGCACAUAAUGAAUUGACAGGUGUACAAAACUUCAUGUUACUGCAGUUUUAAUGCAGUCUUAAAAGUACUGUACCUCAGUUUUUGAACUGAAGAUGUUUUGAGAUAACAUUUCUUUUUACCUAAUGUUUUAAGUCUAGAAUUGUGUAAACGUAAUGAUGUAGUAUCGGUCAGAAAGCUGAAUUCUUAAACAUUUUUAGAAUUAAACUUUGCCCAAAAUAUUUAUAGAUGGAAGGAGAAAUGGUUUUAAGUGAACAUUGAAGUUUUUUUAUUUAAUAUGGUCAGGUGCUCAUUUUAUUCCUGUAAUACAGUGGGGGUUUCUUAAGAGUACAGAUUCUCUUUUACUCAAGUGUUUAAAUUGUAAGGCUGUUAGGCCAUUCAGAAAUUCCUUCUGUUAAUUCUAGCAAUAGACUGGGUGCAGUGAAGCCUUUAUUGAUCUUGGUCAAAGUAGUAGUGGGAGCUCAACAGAAAUCAUAGUGUAACCUCUUAAACUGAAUUGAAACAAUGUUGUUUAAGGUCUUGCUUAUUUGAAGCUAUUUUAACAUUUGCCUUUUUCAGGAUAUGUGCACAUGUUGAAGUUCUAUCAAUAGCAGUUUCAAUUUCAGACCUGUUCAGCAAACCACUUUAAUUUUAAGUUUUUUUAGACCAAAGGGUGCAUGUUUUAAAAAAAAAAAUUCAUAGUGAAUACGGGUCCAGGUGUCCAUUUGUUUAUGCAAAUUCAAAGCAAGAUUAGAGCAGUUUCAAUUCAUUAUUUUAAAUCAAUUUUGAAAUGUUGAUGGGGGUAAGUUGCUCCCCCUUGGAAAAUUAAAACUCCUUUGAGCAUAGACUCUACCUUUUCAAUAUGUCUUUAAGGAUAAGAAGGGUGCUACUGUGUUGUAAAAAUAAUAAGUACCAUCAUAUAAUCAUGUUUUACAAUUAAAUAGAUGUUCUUUAACACUUUAAGUCUACUCUUGACUCAAAGUUGCUUAAAUUAUCUGAUUCAUAUUUUAACAAUAAAUUCCCCCUUUGUGCUGUUACUUUACCAAUAUUGCUGAAAACAAAUUAUGAUUUAUCUUUUGCACAAAGCCAUUUUGAAUUAUCAGGAGUAGACUGGUUUGGAAAGUUGACAAUGCACAAGAGGAGCCAGAGAAUAGGCUCUCAGGCAAACUUUUGAACUAUGUUUAAAAAUCUUGAGUCAGCAACUUUACAGUUGCCUUCAGCGUUUGAGGUUUUUGUAAGAAGUGUAAAAGAUGGCUUUCCGUUGAAAAUUGUCUGGAUAUUAAAUGGAGCAUUCACAAUUCUGGCUCACGCAUGUAUUUCAAAGCACUUUCCCUUCAAGCUAAACUUACACAACAAUUUUCUUUUGGACUGAUUUAAAUUUGAAUAAAGGGAAUUAAAUUCUUUCUGUGGGCCCUUGUACUUAAUCACUUAAGUCUAGAGAAAUGUAGCUCACUAGCCCAGAUUUUAACCCUCACACUCGACGGGAACUGAGAGUGCAGGGGAGUUUGGAUCAGCGCAGCAGCUUAUUUGGCCAAAUUUGCCAUUUUAACAAGUAUGCUCUAAGAUCCUCACACCAGACAAAUGAGGGGCUCACUGAAAUUCAAAAGUUGGGGUCUGAUCAUUUAGCAGCUGCUUUCGGCUGACCUCACCGGGAACACUGGCUGCAAAGGGUUAGGAGGGCCAAAAGAGACCAUUUACAGGUUUCCUUGUGGGCCUGGGGCAACAGGAGUGAAUUUCCCAAGAAAACCUAGGGCUUUGGGCUUCCUCCUGAUUGCCCAUUUAACCACCAUCCCCUCCACUCCUUAUCUAACUGGAUUUGUGCAGGAAUCUGGUCUAACCUGGGAAUGAAAAUGGCCUAGGCUUCAUGGCUGCCAGGUCCUAUCUCACCCCUGUUAAAAUCCAGGCUACUGUUUUUUAAGUAAAAGUUCACACAAUUGGGACGUGUCACUAUGGAAAUGCCUUAAAGGUUCCUUAAGAAAACUAUUCAAACUAACCUGCAUGAAUGUUUUCAACAAAGCAUUUGUAAGACUCUAUUGACUUAAAGCUGUUGUACAAAACAUUUUCAGGUUAUACACACAUCACGUGUUUUAGUAUGUAAAAUGUGCCUGUGGGAAUAUAUACAAGUAAAUGUACUCUGACUUGAAGUGAAUGGGCAGCUACUGGAAACUUUUUAAAAUGUUAAAUGACACUGUUUACAACUUGUACAUUUGGUGCUCAAUCCUCUUGCAAGAGAGGGAUGGUUCUGAAAGCUGGCAAAAAAAAUCAAUAAAAAUUACAAUGAAUACUUUA